AUGACUACAAGCAAACAGCAAGCAUACAAAGGCAAGAUACUAUUCUUCCAUGGCUACACUCAAAAUGCGUCGUUAUUUUAUGCAAAGACUUCAGCGUUGCGCAAGAAAAUAAUGAAAUUGGGCUACAAAUGUCAAUAUUUGAAUGCACCCUACGUCUUGACCCCUAGUGACUUGCCCACGACAGACUCGUUAUCUAAAUUUGGCUCUUCUGAUCAAAAUGACGUUACAUAUCGUGGAUGGUGGGUCAAGUUGGACAAAACCAAUGACGGGAUAAACAUGGAUAAAUCGAUUGGAGCCUUGAAGAGAUAUAUCCACGUGGGGGAGCUUAUUCCUGAUGAUGAAGGCGAAGAGCUUGGAAAAGAGGAAGAUGACGAAGCGAACUUACCUAUUGUUGGGUUGAUUGGAUUCUCACAAGGAGCUGCAUUUGCUGGGCUUGUGGCAGAAAAGUUUGCCGAAUUGUUUGAUACUACGCCAUUGAAGUUUGUGAUUUUGUACUCCGGGUUUAAAUUGGACACCAGCAAAAGGUCAGGCAACGACAAGUAUGACACGUAUUAUAAGCCUACGCAGGACAAGUUGAGAUAUUUGCACAUCUACGGCGAAUUGGAUACGGUUGUUUCAGAGGAUCGAAGUUUGUCAUUGUAUAAUAUAACCAAAGAGAAGUCGGAUUUGUUGAAACAUCCUGGUGGCCAUUUCGUACCUAAUUCGAAAUUGUAUAUCGAUCAAGUUGUGAAUUGGAUACAAAGUGAUGACAAACCAAAGGAAACCGAGAAAGAGGAGAAGAAGGCGGAUGAUGAUAUAGACUCAUUAUUAGAAAUGAUGGAUAACAUAGGUAAAGCUUAA